AUGAUUUUUUUAGUUCCAAGUGAGAUCAUCGCACGAGGACCAAGAGCAAAGCUUGCCUAUAAAAAUGCUUUAAAGACUGGGAAAGUGAAGGUGUACCGAGCGCGAAUUAUGCUAAUUGGUCAAGAUCGUGCGGGAAAGACAAGUUUGAAGAAGUCCUUCUUAAGUCUGCCAUUUGACCCUGCGGAGGAAAGCACUGACGGAAUCGAAGUUGAGCCCUCGAAAUUCGAAGUAGACAUCGAUCGAGUAAAGAACUGGAAACGCACUGAUGAAAAGUGGGACGUGUCUCAAUUUGCUGCUGAUCUUGCAAAGAUGGUGGCUAAGAAACUCCAAGUGAAUACCGACGACGAAGAAGGAGGAGAUGAGGAAAUCAAUGACGAAGACAACCAAUUCGAGAAAGAGGGAGAUGUUAAUCUAGUCCAGGUAAACCAAAGAGGAGCAACUUCAGAAUACCCAGCCACUAUCACGUUUCUUAGCCCCGUAGUCGCUUGCCUUGGUGUCUGCCCUUUCUUAAGGGGUUAGAGGAGAGGAGAUGGGAACAACGUUGCUCUUUUCGCUUCUCUCUUCCCUCUUUCCCGCAGAAACGCCUGAUACUUAGGCUACGUAGUCGUUAAGUUUAAGAAUGCCUAUAAAGGUGUGUAAAUGUCAUGCUGCCGCAGUCCGUAUACCAGCGGUCGGUUAAAAGUAAAUUAAAGGAGCCGUGUCACAUGCAUUGCGCAUGCUCAAUUCUUUGAAAAGUGUUCAGCCCAACAAGAAAUCAAACUGACGCGAAUCCUCACAAAUCAAGUGAAAAUCUGUUUCCAUCGUCGCUAAUCGGUGUUCGUUUUGUAUUUUAUCUAUAUAUUUAAAUUAUUUAGACAUAAGGCUUUCGUGUUACAGUAAUUUUUUGGAGAAUUGUGGAAAUCCUAAGCGCUAUUUAGCGCUCCAAGCGAAGGAUGUCGGCUGGAGGCAGUAAACGCUACGGCAGUGGCCGUAGGCUCUUGUCACCUGGAAGCUUUGUUAGGAGCAUAGAGAAGAGAUCUGACUCUCGGAGUUCGUGGCUCAAGUCCCAUGGAAGGAUUUACGUCCGCUGUGACAUUCUGGACACAUUUAAAACGCUGAAAGCUCAGUGUGUCUUCUCCACCGACACUGCUUUCUUGCAGCAUUUGUUGUCGUUUGAGAUGCGAAGGCAACAAAGGUGAGAAAAUAAGACUUCUACAUUUAUAUUGCUUUUUAGUCUAAGCUGCAACGUCGAAUCUAACUACCUAUUAAAUAUUACUGUAUUUUAACAGUUUAAAAGCCAAGCAAGCCAUGAAGAAGAGUACGGAAGAGUCAAGUGCAGUACAACAACCCCAAGCAGGUAAGAUGCACAAGAUCGAUCUGGAAUCCCUGUUGAGGGAUGUGAGCAGUGCAUGUGGCCGGAACAUUUAUGGACACAGUCCAUCGGGAUUAAUUCUGCUUUCAUUGAAAUAAAAGUUAUAAUAUGUUGUAUAUUGUUUUGCAGAUGAUUCUAAUUUCCACACCUCGACCCCUGUGAAAAGAGGCCAGUAUGACGGUUCUGUCAUUGCUCCACCAGUGGAAAGUCCAGUUGCUGGAAUGGCUGGUGACAAUAGGUAGGUUGUCAUUUCGGUAUUGAUUUUUUGUUUCCAUAUUUCACAUAUCUGUCUCGGACAUAACGGUGAAGGAGCAAUUUGAAGUUCUUCCUGUGAUAAAAAUUUUAGAUGCAUCAGGUUUUCAUUGAGUGAAUGUCUGAACAUUCAAUAAAUCAUGAUGGAUGAGGAAGAAAGUUUUAGUAACUAUUCUUUCAAGUAGUUCAGUUUGGUAUUUCCCUUUGGUUUUUUUCUUUCUUUAUUUAUUUUUGUGCACGAAAACCUCUGUUAGCUAGGUACAACAGUACUUUUAGAGAGAUGUUUAUUGUAAAUCUGCUGCACCUUUUCCACAGUGACAUUGACAUCACAGGCACCGACCACUCUGAGGUCAACUCAAAUAGUGACAGUAGCAGCAACUCUUCUGCGACAGAUUCGUUUGCAGAAAGUGAAGAUGACAACUGCUUCUUGUAAGUAUGAAAAAGCACGUUGAUCUUCCCAAUAAUUUCGAAAGGUGGUGUUAUGAUCAUUAGGUUGUGCUUUUCUUGUCAACAUUUUUCUCAUCAAUUGAACCAAACCAUCAAUGGGUUAGCUGUGUUGUCAUUUCCAUAUUCUUACCAAAAUUUCUGCUGUUAUUUACAACUCAUGCUUUUUGCCUGUGGGUUUUCUAUGCUUUCUAUUUAUCAAUGAACUCAAGUAGUUUACUUUGUAUUUUGUAAACAUACUAAACUAUUUUCCUUGUAUUCUAGCUGAUGCUUUUAGACAGAUAUUCCACUCACUUGAUGUCUGGCAUAAGUCAAAAGGAAUCCGGAAGUGUCUUUCAAAUGUGAGUUAGAGUUGAUAUUAUAUUAAUUUUGCAGUGGCCACAAAGAACAAAUUUAGUGUAAUUCUUUCUAAUAUGUGACUCUGUCCCAUGUAUUGGCAAGACUCAUUCCUAUAAAUAGAACAUAAACAUACAUUGUGUUGUCACUUGUAAAUACGCCCAUGUAGUGUACUUCACUGUUGUAUAUUUCCAGGGUAAUCAAAUCAUAUCUUUAACCAAUGGGCCAGGAAUGGACUAAGAAAUGUUGUUAACAUAAUCUGUAGAGAAUUAAAUGCUCAAAGUUUGACAAUGAUGAUUGGACUGUCAAUGUAGGUUUAUUUUUUUGAGUCAUUGCAUUUAUCUCUGCCAGAGAGAAAAAUUUAAGGCUUGUUAUUGAUCUUCUGUAGGUGGGAAGUGCAAAGGGGAUGGAUAAAGUGGCCCUUUGGUCUGACCACAUUGUUAGACACUUUUGGCACUGUUGCAGUCUGGCAUCUGAAGUCGAAGGCAAUGACCUAGAAGCUCUGAAGAUAUUGAAGGUAAUUCCAAUUUAUCAUCUUUUUUAAAGUAAUUAAUAACAGGGCUGUCGGUAAGAGGUGAUGGGUCUAUGUGGCCCCCAGCUACACUCAAAGGAAAAUAGAAGAAAAAUGGAACCAAACGAAACCCCCCGUUGUUUGAUUCUGUGCCUACUUAUUUUAUGUACCAAGCAACUUGAAAUCUUAGUGACAGCUCUGAAUCAAUUUUCAAAGACUUUUUUGAAAAUUAUCACAUUAUAUUACUUCAGGCCGUAAAAACUUUGUUUCUUCACAAUGUUUUAGGGUCUGUUUACAUGGAGGUGGGGGACCUCCGAUAGGUGAGGUAAAAUGUGGUGGGUCACCCCGUCUGUCAAAUUAAAAUGAGAUAUUAUAUGGACAAGCGGGAUACCCCACCAAAGCGGGUUACCUCACCUACAUGGGGUUCCCUACCUCCAUGUAAACAGACCCUAUGUCAUUAUCAUCUUGUUAUAUCUGUUUCAAUGAAAUUUUACUAUUAUGAAAUCAGGAUACCUGGAUCUCACUAUUACACCAUGUGUGCAAUCAACAUGAGUGGGCUGAUGGCCAUUGUGACCACGAGCCAAUCACUGAGGAAAACCACCAGCUUCCAUGGUUUGACAGGAGAUCCAAAGAGUUUGAGGCACUGGAAAAAAUUAUCCUGGAUCCUGACCUUCUUGAAAGUUUCAAGUACUACACCAGAUUUAGGUAUAUAAGGGGAACCCUGUUUUCAUAAGAAAGACUAAAUAUAUAUCUUAUUUCAAUACGUUGGUUUAUUCAAAUAUAAUGUUUAUGGAUGACUGUUAUGGUGUUCAAAGAAAAAAUAUUUUGGUUUGUAUUCCUGUCUGCUUGGUCCUUGGCAAAAGAAAUGUAGGGAGGAAACUUAAAAGAAUAAUGUGUUAAUGAAUACUAUUUCAAUAACUCUGAGCAGCCCCAUUCCUUAAACUAAGCUCAGUAGUGUUAACGUUGUCAGGCUUAGGCAAGGGUUUAUUUUUUAUUGCCACUGUGGACCUUGUGAAAACCUUCUUAAGGUGUUGGCCAGCCCCUAAAUGCCUUUCUAUGUCAAGCUCAAUUCAUUGUCCUUUUUUAAUUAUUACAUGUAUAUUUAACCAUGUUUUUCAAAAAUAUUUAUUUUACUUUUAGGCAUACAGGCGCAUUAGAACGAGCCAACUCUCUGUCAUUGAUGUAUGCCAGCAAGAGAAUUUCCUACACGUAAGUAACGACACUUCAUAGUUUUAAAAGUUCAUAGUAUUUAUAUUAUCUGUAGGGUAUAGCGAAGGGGAGCUCAAAUAUUGUUGUAUACUUCAAAAAAUUGCACUGUGUGAACAAAGGUCUCAUUGAACACUGUCUAUUUUGAUCAAUUGUUCUUUUUAGGGAGAAAGUCUACAAAGCAAGAAAACAAUUAGCUGCCAUUGACUGGAACUAUCACCUCGAUAUUCCUGAACAAGAAGAUGUGCUAGGCGAGGUUGCUGUGACCCGGAAGUACAACCAAAGAACAAAGAGUUGGAAUGUGAAAAUUGUAAAGCAGGCCAAAGACUAUGGUUAUAUUUGGAUGCUUCUGGCUAAAGUGUUUCGUCUACGUGUGGAGGAUAAUGAAAAUAUGCAGAGGGCGGUCCCAAUGGAACCUGAUGACCCAAGGAGGAUAGCCCCUACAAUUGCUGUGGUGCCACCCCCACCUUCACGCAAGCUCUUUAUUCAGCACAGCAGCAGGUUUAAGAAAAACUAGGAAACACGAUGUAAAAUAUGUAAUAAAUAUGGAACAUUUAUGUAUUCAUGUGCAGUGUAAGAAAAUAUUCAUCAAAGAAGGACUGUCAUGUAUGAUGCACAACAAGCAACAGUGAUGUUUUUGACAAUAAAUUGACAAUAAAUAUAACCUAUGAUAAUUGUUUAAUAAUUUUAAUGCACAAUAUGUGAAACUAAAUAAUGCAAAAGUUAACCGAAGACAAAGGAUUGGUCAGUAAAUGUGCCGGAGUAGGUUGGUCCUUAUUGAACUAACUGUUGGAAUCCAUUUUUGUGAGUCUAAUUAUCCAUAUUAUAAAAUUUGCUUGCACUGCCACAAUACAAAUACAGCUGUAAUGCUAUUGUUUUCAUGGGGUAAUAUUCACAGGGGUACUCAAUCCAGGACAACCUUUUUUUUGAGGGGGGUGGGGUUGGGGGUAUGGCAUGAGGUUGAACAAACCCACUUUAAUUAAAAAUUCCUUGUAGAAACCUAUCAAAAAGUUAUUUCCAUUUUAGCGAGGUUUGAACCCCAUGUACACCCCAGUUGAGGAAGGGUAGUGCUCUCGAAUUUUCCAUACACAGCAUGAAGGGCAUACCCUUCUUUUGUGUUUUCCAAGGUAGCCAUAGUCUUCAAUUAUAUAAUGACGAUAGGCAGCCUUUCGGAAGGCUCUGCUGCUAUUAUCUUGACGGUCGUUUCUGAUAUCCCCUGAACACUUUAUACUUAAUUGUAAAUAAUCAGGGUCCAGGCAUAGCUUGCGAAAGCGUGCGCUAAGUGAGACACAGUCUCUAGAAUUACAGCACCGGUUCUCAACCUCCUGCGACAUUCUGCGGCAAUGUCCACAUUUGCACCACUCAGGCACUGGUUCACUUGACCUUGCCAUAGAUGCUGUUGAUGGUGGCCUGAAAGAUGAGGGCCCACCUGAAGUUGAUGUUCCAGAUAUGCUCGAGUCUGAGGCUGGGGUGGAUGCAGGUGUAGAUUGGGCAGGGUUCGGUGGUGCUGGACUUGACACUUCUGGGGGGAUAGAGAAAGGGAAGAUGGGAGAGCGGCAUCAUCAUUCUCAUCUUCUGGGUCCUCCUGGAUAAGAAGCAUAUCUAUAUAGUCCAUGCUGCCCACUCCCCUCUGUAGAGCUCUUGUAGCAAGUUUUUUUUGCUAGCUCCUCUUCCAGGGUUUGGAUAAACUCCUGUGAGGUUGAAAAAUAGUGCAAUAAUUUGUUAGAGUAGCUGGACAAUUACUUUUUAUCACAUUCUGUCGAAGCUUGACACCUAGAUUCUUUUAAGAGCGUAAUCGACGAGAAAAUAACAAAUAAAAAGGGGACUUCCCUAAGAAAUCUUGCACACCUCAGAACAUGACACACAAACGAGACACUAAAACAAAAGACAAUUUGCUCCAUUUAGGGGAAGCAACGAUCAACGACUUGUACAAGGGAAACCAUUAUCCGGUUGGCCUGGCGGUCCUUGCACGAAUCCCCAUCCUUGGGAUGCCACGGAUGCAGCCUUCACAUGAUAAAAAAGAAAUCGCAAACUGUACUAGUACUUCCUACUAGCGAAUUUUAGACCUCAACCGAGCCUUGUUUCCCCACCUCUCUGUUCUUGCACGGCUUUCGUCGACUGCACGAACAGGCCUCUCCGCAGAAGCGACCGGCUGUUUUGCAAGGACAUCCAGUCCUUUUUCUUCCUGCUUUCGUAGAGCAAGUGCUUGUACACUGGCAAGAGUUAGGGACGUUGUCCUGCGCAAACGGGAAGGAAAUAAUGUUGACUAGAUUUCGCGCAAUCGAGUGGAAUAAACUGCGGUAUUCAGAAGUCCGGGAAGAGUAGAGCGCGAGUCGCUGACUACAAAAGCGGCAAGAAAGUUGUGGCUAAAUUAAUACACGGAUACAUACCGCAAAAGAGCUACUUUGUUCCGAAGAAAGGCUCAUUUCUGUAAAAGGUUCUAACGAAAAUAAAGAAUCUCGAUGAAGGUUUCGCAGCGCGAGUCGGCUUUUCACAUGGGCUCAUAUAAACAUGGCCUUGUUUACAUCAUUUGCAUCUGUCAAAUGCAAGCAUGCGCAGUAGCCGUGACACAGCUCCUUUAACCAAUUGUGUAAAUGCGCACCGCAGUGGCAGGAUGUGAUAAGGAAUAUUUCAGAGAAAUGUAGCCACCAACGCACAGAACACAUGCUCUGUGCGGUACUUCAAAUUAACUCAAGGCUAACAAACAAAAAGAGAAACCAACAACACAUUCUCGUACUGCAUAUAACGAAAACAAAGCGUCGUUGUCUUGGUCAGAUGAUUAUCUUUUAAAGCGUAAUUAUCUGAAGGCUCUGUUUGUUUAUUGCCUGAUUUCAUAAGGAGGGGACUUAGUUCUGGUCCACAUAUAAGGGAUUAUCUAAACCUGAAAAGAGCACACCCAACUUUACAAAAUCCUCAAACGUGGUUUUAAUCAGAUACAACCAUUCAAAUUUUCGAAAAUUUAGCAAGAUAUGUAUUAAUCGCCAGACACAUUGUCCGGACGUCCAUAUAUCUCUAAAUCCUCGUGCAAACGGACGCAACAUUGUUGGAUGUUACAUAUUGCUUCUGUUUGCACACCCUGUUGCAUGUUGUUGCGUGCUGUUGGGAGUCGUUGCGGAAAAUUUGAAACCGGUCAACAUUGUUGGCCCAACAAUGUUGGGAGUUGUUGCGUCUGUUUUCACGUAGCUUUAGUAAUUUUUGCGCUUUUUAUUUUCUGUAUCUCAUUAGUGCCUUAUUGGCCAGAUAAACACCAAACGUGAAGAUUUUGCUCGGUUUGCACUUUCUAAGUUUGGGGCCUUGUGUUGAUAAUACACGGACCUGUACCCAAUCCCCCAACGAACGCGUAUGAAAUUGAACAACAAUUUUCCAAGAAGAGCCUUUGUAAGAUUUUGGAUACAAUUGGUUCCUAUUACUAACUGGUUCAUCUUUAUCGGCUUAUCUUGUAGUUUGGUUUUGACGGUCCUCGAGAACUUCAGGAACAAGAAACGAAUGUGGAGUCAUUGAUGGAAGAGAAACCAACCCUCCUCAACUCUCAAAUGAAUCAGGUCAGUUUACCCCCCCCCCCCCCUCCCCAGUUAGUUUAUAUUUUGUUCCAGGAGACGAGCAUAAGGAGGCACAUCCUUGUUGGAGCGAGUGUAAACAUGACAGAUCAGUGUUUCACUCCCAGUGGAAACUCCUUACAUACAGUUGACUCAAUUGUCCUAUAUAUUUUCCAUGGAGUUCUGUAGUUCUCAGGCUGGCGUACCUCAUUAUAAGGAUUAGCAAGUGUAAAUCGCUCAAUCCAUUCACACUUCAGCGGCCCGUUACCGCCAGCAUGUUUCCUUGUUCCCCUUGUGACGUCAUAUUUUUUGAAGGGUCGUGGACAACUGAUUUACAAGUAUCUUCUCCUAGGGGCGAGAUCUUAAGAACCAUAACCAAACGAGCAGACUAUUUUUUGCCGAUGUUAGUCGGUCCCUCGUGUCUCGUCUAUUUCCUGUCGCCUAAGCCUACUUAAGGUGAGCUUGCAAAGGUGGUGUUUCAAGCAUUUUUUUCUGCGAUGUUUAAGUGGUGUUAUUUCAAAAUCGCAGGUACAAACAGGUGACGAUUUCAUGGUGAUUUUUGCCCCCAAAACGACCGUUAUUUUCCAACCUAUUUAUGUUCAGUUCGAUUUGUGACUUGUGAUUUUUUGCGUGAGAGUUCAGUUCCAAAAUCUUAAUUGACGGAUCAGGAGAGUGCCACAAUGUUUAGAUCUCAAACGCCUCACAGCAACCGCUGUGUAAGGACAGGAUUUCGCAAUAAAGUCGUCAUGAAAAUGUCCUUUCAAAAUAUAGUCAGACUCAUCUCCUGGGCUUCUUGUUUUCUAAGGGAAAAGCCUAGGGGAUAUAUUUCAAAUUGUAGAGCUAAAGUUUAUCAGUGUCCAAAUGUGCUUGUGAGAAUACAGAUACAAACCAGUUAGUAACGAAGGAUUCUUUAGUUUAAUUGUCUCGUUUGAGAGUAUCAUUUUAACAUUUAAAGUCGUUUUAGGGUACUUCUAGUAAAGCCGACGAAAAAGAAACAAGUACAGCCGUCCCAACUGACUUAAAAGUCGAUCCCAGUUUGCCUCCAGAUGAAUUUAUGGAUCAUCUUGUUCAAUAUUUGAAAAGCUUAAACCUUCAAAGUGAUACAACACCAGUUGAACGUCAUAUGACACUUGAUCUGUGGGACUUCGCUGGCCAACAUCUUUACUAUGCAUCUUACCCAGUUUUUUUAUCGACACGAGCAGUUUAUAUGCUCGUGUACAACCUCAGCAAAGGGUUGAUGGAAACUGCUCAGCCUUGUUUCCGACAAGGAGUCCAUGAAAUUCUUCUCGAUAACCCAAACAACGAAACUAAUUUGGAAAAUUUGUUAUCGUGGCUGGUGUCCGUCAGUUCUAUGUGUUCAUUAAAACCAGACGUGAGUGAAAGGACAACAAAAUCGGAGGAUCUGCCUUACUUUCGCCCUCCAGUGUUUAUUGUAGGAACACAUGCAGAUAAACCACAUCAAGACAUCAAGGAAAUGGAAUUGCAGAUUAAAAGAGAAAUAAGUGGAAAGGACUAUGAGCGUCAUGUGAUCCGUCCUUUCUUUUCAGUCGAUAAUACGCAAGGUUCAUCUGAUGAGGGAGUGGUCGCACUUCAGAAACGAAUGAUUGAAGUUUUAAAACAAGAACCAUACAUGGGGGAGGAAGUACCAAUUCGGUAAGUUUUUAGUCAAGAAAAACUCUUACUCCUUAUUAUUUCUUGACGACUAUGCACUCUAAAUCCAAAAGAUCUGUUUUAGCCCCAAAAAUGGGGCCGUUUCGGUGACUAAAGUACAGAACUAUUUUGGGGGCUAAAGUAGCCCAGUUAGAAUGGAGUCGUUUUGGCCGCAAUAAACAGGGUAGACAAAGCCCCCUGUUAAGUGGCCAAAACGAAGAGGCAAAAGUGCUGUUUUGGAAAAAUAGGGGGUAGUCUUGGUUUCUAAAAGGGUUGAAGUGAUUCAUUUUAAGAGUCAAUUCAGCCCUUACAGAGCGGUUUCAUACCUUCAAUAUGAAAAUUGGCCCAUAUUUCGUGGCCAAUUUCGCCCAAUGGGGAAUUAAAACAAAUGUACUUUCUAUGACUAAAUCGGUACCAUUGUGUCUGAACUGGAAUUUCUUACCAGAGCCGUUUUAGACCUUAGUUAUUUAUAACAGACCAUCCACAAGGAUUAUAAUAGUUCUUGGUAUUCUAUAAAAUGCCCCAUUUUUUGGCCAUUUAGAAUCAAUACAAGGGGCAUCAACGGUCACAAUGGGUGGCUGAUUUAGCCCAUGUAGUUAUCAGAAUCAGUGCAGUUUUCUCCUUCAGGUGCUAGUGAGUUUAAAACUGCUCUAUGAGGCUACAAUUAACUGUUAUUUACCCUAGAGUUGUUCUAAUUUUGUGGUAGAUCUCAUC